GUACACAAAACAAAGAAAGAAAGAAAUAAAAUGAAGUGUGUAUUGUUAAGAAUGGGAAAUAGCAAAAGGUCAAAAACAAUUUAGUUUCAUUUGAAUUUUUGAAGAUUGAAGUAGUGGGACGGCGGUUGAAUUUGCUUGAUACUGUGGUGACAAAGCAGAAAUCGCGUGAAAAAAAUUGUGUAUUAUUUUUAUGAUUAUAUUUUAUAUACCUUAAAGUGUCUCAAAUAAACAUAUUUUCAUAAACAUUGACAAAAAAAAAAAAGAAAUCAAAGCGGAUUAAUCAAUCUAAAUCUCGAAAAUUUUGGUGAAAAAACAAAAAACAAAAAUGGUAACACUUUCGACACAACUACGAAAUUCGCUGCUGCUUGGAGUAGCUGCAGUAGGUUUCACAUUACUCACAAAAUGGUUAAAUAUAACUAUACGUCCUCUUGCUCUUUUCUUCUUGGGUAUUUUCUCCUUUUGGUUCUGCAAAACGCGAUGCAAUUUGCGAAUCAUCCCACCGCCUGAGUUACAAGUGAAAAUUGAUAAUAUUGUAAAACGUGUUAACGAGUGGCGUCAAAAUAAUCCCAAAAUGUUCAUGCGAGUAUUAACUGGUUGUCUAUGUACCUUAGCCCUAUUUGGCCACUUCAUCUCUGGUUCUACGGUUGUUUUAACUGGAUUGAUAAUAGCAGCCAUUCUUUCAGCCAAAUAUAAAUUUCAACUAUUGCAAGUUAAAUCCGAAGAUUAUAUGUGGACAGAGAAACUUGUAGAUGAACCUGAGCCUGAUGAUGAAUUUUUACCAGAAGUAAAUGAAUCAAAUUUGUUUGUUUUAGAACGUGCUGGGGACUUAGCUUCGAUUAGUUCAGUCGUUGAAGAAGCAGAGGAUGAUAAUAGUGAUGAAAUACCAUCGGAACUCUUAAUACCAGAUGCUAUACCUGAAAUAGAUGAAAGUUCAACAGAAGAAGAUGAUGAAUUAGUUCCAAUAGAAAAAAUAGAUGCCAAAACAAAAGAAAUUGAAUUCAAGAGAGGCCACUUCAAGCGUGACUCUUCAUUGUCAUCAUCAUCGUCAUCAGAGGAAAGCUUGUCAAAGGGUUUGCAAUUCCCCGAUCAUACAACGGUGGACAGCGGCACAGUCCGUCUGCGUCAAAUAGAAGGCGCCCCACUGCCGUCUCAAAUACAAAAAGAUAUUAACGCACCUCCCCUCUCAAAUUUGGUAUCUAAAGGACAACAAAUAGUGCCAAACAUUUUAUCCGGUAUUAUACAGUGGGGUUUGAAUGCCGCAACUACCGCAACCACCGCUAAACCUAUAGAAGCUGUAAAGCAGCAGCGUGUGGUUACCGCUUUAGAUUCUUCUGAUGACAGUGAUUUUGAAAUUUUAGACAAGGAAGAUUUCAAAAACGAGGAAUAAAAUUGAAGAUCUUUUUAGGGAUUACGGCAGUAGUAUAAAUUUUUUAAAGAAGCUACAUUUAGGCGGGUUAUGUUAAGAAUAUCCAAAAAGCAACCAUUUGAUUUAAAAAUUACCUUUUUUCUCUACUAAAAAUAAUACAUAAAAAUGAGCACUAAAGCGUUAUGCACUUAACUGAAACUGAUCUCACAGUUUAUGUGUAUUCAUAAAUAUUCUGAUCGGUAAAGAGAACAUUUUAAAUUACAAUUAUUAAUUACGAAAGUUAUUUCCAUAAUUCAUACACUAAUUUUUAUUAUAUGUUCAAUAUUUUUUAUAUAAUUUUAUAU